AACAGCUCAACAAAGCAUACGACGGAUAUGGCGAAUAUGCCAAGGUGUUUCCUAAUAAAAAAGAAUUGGUUAAAAACGCUAUUCGAAACGGAUUCGUUGAAAUAGACGAUGAAAUUGUCAUCCAUUCGAUUAACAGGUUAUUGAAUACACCAAAUAAAUCAGAUGGGAUUUCUUAUAUUGAUGAAAAUCUAUUGUCAGCAUUAUCAGGCUCCUGUGCAUUGCUGGCAUAUAUUGAGACUGCCACAAAUGACCUAUACGUCGCUUGCGCCGGAGAUUCAAGAGCAGUAAUUGGUGUCAAAGAUCAAAAAACAGGAAAGUGGAAAGCAUUACCAUUGAGUGAAGAUCAAACGGGUAGAAACGAAAAUGAGGUAAAGAGGUUAGAAAAGGAACAUCCGGGAGAAAGUAAUAUCAUCAUGAACGGCAGGAUUUUUGGAGGCUUGGAGCCAUCUCGUGCCUUUGGUGAUGCAAAAUAUAAGUGGGAUCGAAGUUUACAGGAAACGAUCUACUCCAAAUUUUUUAAAGAAAAACGCCGAGUUCCAGGAAAUGAUAAGUUCAAAACACCACCCUAUGUCACAGCACGACCUGAGGUGGUGCAUCAUGAAGUUGGACCAGACGAUAAGUUUUUGGUUUUAGCGACUGAUGGACUUUGGGAGAGAUUGUCAAAUGCAGAAGUGGUGGAACUUGUGGGACUUUUAAUUGAAGGAAAACGUAAUGGAAAAGAUGUUAGUGAUGGUCUUAAAGAAUUGGAUACGAAUGAAUCAAAAAAGAAAUUUGCGUUUGUGGAUGAGAACGCAUCGACACAUUUGAUACGCAAUGCUCUUGGUGGGGCUGCUGAAGAUGUUUUGUGUGCAAUGUUAUCUCUUCCAUCCCCCAUGUCCAGAAGAUGGCGAGAUGACAUCACUGUCACCGUA